CAGCGGCGGGAGCGGCGGCGGGGAGCCCGGGAGGCGGCUGUGGGGUACGCGGCAUGCACAGCGCGAAGCAGCGCCCCGGGGACGCGCACCCUGGCCAGUGGGUGCUCAUUGCACCAGAGGAAGCCAUUGAGUGCCCCAAGACACCUGACAGUGGACCUUUGUUUACACAACUGCGCAAUCCAAGCACAGGGGAAGCAACUCUUUACUUAUUCAAUAGUGGUGCACAGCAGCUGUUUGAAGUAAAAGCUUUUCAUGAGGAAUAUCGUUCCUGGUUUAUAGGUCAGACUGUUCAACAAGAUGGACGCCUGCUGUUUGUUACACCAGUGGACCCCUUAUUUUUGAUACUUUACUACCUCAUAAAGGCAGAGAAGGAGCAACAAGGAAAGUUCCAGCCUCUCACUCAAGUUGUGCUAGACUCAGACUACCCAAACUGCCCAUUGCUGCUGAAGUGUGCAGAUGCUAAACAGUAUAUACAUCAUGUAACAGAAGAAAAAGAGAUUGGCAAUCAGAAAUUCCACAAAUACAGCCAAGAGAAGACAUUGAAGUGGUUAAAAAAAAAGGUCAAUCAAACAGUGAAAGCACUUAAAAGCAACAAUAUAACUGUAGGUGAAAGAUUACAUGCAGCUACAUAUAUCAGCUGUAAACAGAUCACAGAUACUGAAGAAGACUAUGUACGGUAUGCCCAUGGGUUAAUAUCUGAAUAUAUUCCUGAGGACCUGAGUAAGGAGUUGUUAAAAUACUUAGGGCUCCCAGAACUUAAAAGUCCAGCAUCAGAGCCACCAGUGAAGAAAAGGAAAUUGUCAGAUGUCCCUGUGGAAAUAGAAGAAGACCAUACUAAGUCUAACAGCAACACUCUGAAAACCAAAAAGGCAAACAGCAAGAUGACUGCAGCACAGAAGGCUCUGGCCAAAGUUGAUAAGAGUGGAAUGAAAUCCAUUUCUACUUUCUUCAGCUCCAAACCUAAAGCAUCAAAAUAAAGAUUCAUUCUUGAAAGACUUUUAUACAGUGGUUAAUCUUAGGUUAAGCUAAAGAUUUCUCCUGGGGUUUUUUUGUUAGUGUAGUACAUGCAGGGCAUGUUUCUCAAUAUGGUGGAGUGUGAUGAAGGGAUCUGUGAGCUGCUGUGGGAGGAUGUUGUUGUUCCUCAGUGGGGCAAGGCAGCACCAAGCAGAUAUUCUAGUUUGGGUCAAGAAGGCAGCCUGACUGCCCACAUGGUGCUGUACUGUGCUGCUGCUUGUUCUAGAGCAAGCUCAAUCAGAGCUACCACAGAUUUCCUCCAUUGCACUCCAUUUUGUGAUGGAACCAUGCCCCCCCUUUGAUAAGUUUUUAAGGAGAGGGUUUUUUUGUUCAUAAGCAGCAUUAUUUGUUGAGACUUUUUAGAGAUUUUUUUACCCAGUAUAACACCAAAGUAGGAUGGCAUCAUUAGAUUUUUAUGUUGACCCAAAUCUAAGUGCUGAUGUAAGCAAUGCCAUUAGUGGUAAUUUAUUGAGGUAAAGAUAGUGUCUGUUGGGAUUUUGAUUGUUUUGAAUAUGCUAGAAACAAACUGCAAUAAAUGUCAAUGUGCAUGUAAUGCAAUAAAGUGC